AUGGCUCCCCAACCGCCCACCACGAAGAGCGGGGCCCUCUCGCUGUAUGCAAACCUUCUCGACCCAGCUUCCGAGAGCUCUGCAGCUUCCGGGACGAUAUCAAAAGCUCCGGUCCUGUUCACCCAAAGUUCCGAGGCAGGCGCAGACAGAGAAGAUGUUCCUGCUACAGAUAAACAACAAAUAAGUGCCGCAUCUUUACGAUUCCAGCCUAUAAAGAGACCACAGUUGCCGAGUCAGAAACCAAAACCCAAGCCUACAUUUCCCAAGGCUGCCUCAACUCCCGCUGCACCGGCAACUGCUACCGGCGCAAUCACUUCGUCUGCGCGCCCUCAAGUGAAAACAAGUCUAGCCGACUGGGCCUCUACAGUUGACGACGAUGACGAUGUAAACGGCUUCUAUGGAGGAGAAAAACGACAACGCGGAGGUCGCAAGAAGCGGAAGAAGAAUCGAGAUGCCCCGGAAAUGAUCACGAACUGGGAUGACAUCUACGAUCCUUCCAGACCCAAUAAUUACGAGGAAUACAAAAGAAGCGAUGAAAAAAUACGCGAAGUGAGAGAUUGGAAGGAUCGUUUGUAUGCACAUCGUAUGGCGAGACGACAUAGUAGUGAUCCCGAUAGCGACGAUGAAUCUCCGAGGCCCAGAAAUCGUCAAUUUGCUCCCCCACCGCUUAAUUUCGCGCCCCCUGCUGGCCUGAAUGACACGUCGAAGAUCUCAGCCAACGAUAGUGGAGAAGAUGUCUAUUCUCAGCGUCUUCAAUUGAGUCAGGACCCUGGCCAAGAAAUAGAGAUGGAAGACGCAGAAUAUCAGCCACCACCUCCGCCAGAUUUGAUACCUGUAGAUGCUACAGGAGACGAUGCUUAUGCUCGGCGGCUCCAAUUGAGCCAGCAGCAACAACCUCCUCCGCCACCUCCCCCCGCUCCACCUGUACAGCUACCACCACAAAUUCCUAGCAAACCGCCAGCCUCAUUCUUUCAACCUUCUUCCGCAACAAUAUCGCGUGCGCCAGUGCGGUACACACUGCCUCCUGCACCGGAAGAUAUACCCGCCACGGAAGAAGAGCUAGAGGCUGUCUUCGCAACAGAAGAGCCUGUUCAAGAUGAGGAAGGAGAUGCGGCUCGAUCUCUGCGCCCAGGUCAGAAAGGCUUUGCAGAACGUCUCAUGGCAAAAUAUGGAUGGACAAAGGGAGCUGGGCUCGGUGCCACCGGUUCUGGUAUUGUCAAGCCUUUACAAGUAAAGGUGGAGAAGCAGAAGAAAAAGCCAGAUUCGGAAGGUGGAGGGUUUACUACCCCUGCAGGCCGUGGGAAAAUUAUUUCUAGCAAGAGGAAAGAUGAAAAUCAAGGAAAAUUUGGUCCAAUGAGCGAAGUCAUUGUGCUCUAUGGUAUGCUCGAUGGCAUGGAUCUAGAUAACGAACUUGAUAACAGUCAAGGCGGGGGUCUCAUGCAAGAAAUAGGAGAAGAAUGCAACGAGAAGUAUGGUCGUGUCGAGCGUGUGUUUAUUCAUCGAGAAAGCAGUGGUCCUAUUCCAGUCUUUGUGAAAUUCACCGUCCAGCUAUCAGCCUUGCGUGCCGUCAACGCGCUAGAAGGACGAAUUUUCAAUGGAAAUAAAAUAACCGCCAGAUUCUACGACACCGAGAAGUUUGAGAAGGGUGUAUAUCAAUGA